AUAUGAAAUUGUAUGUUGUAUUUUCUGCUUUUCUGGCAGUUACCUCUGCUAGUCAAGUUUUUUUGACUCCUGCUGGACCAUAUAUUUCAAAUCAAUAUCACUCUCAAGAUGGAAACGGGCAAUACUCUUAUGGAUACAAUGAUCUUUUAUCAAAUAAGGAGGAAGUCAAAUUAAUGGAUGGAACAACAAGAGGAUCAUACAGCUACAUUGAUUCAAACAACAUUGUUCAAAAGGUUAAUUACAUUGCUGACGCUAAUGGUUUUCGUGUGACUUCUGCAACCAAUUUGCCAAAACCUGUUGAAGCUCCAAUUUUCUCCGCCCAAGACCUACCUCAACAAAUUCCUGAUACUUUUGAAGUUGCUGCUGCAAAAUCUGCUCAUUUUGCUGCUAUCGAAGAAGCUAAACAACGAUUGACGGGUGCUCAACAAAUUGUUCCAGUAGCAAUUGGAUUACCACAACAAGUUCAAGAUACACCUAAAGUUGCCAAAGCUAAGGCAGAACACUUGGCAGCCAUUGAAGCUGCUAAGAACCAGGGAAUUACAAUAAUUGGACUUCCACAACAAGUUGAAGACACUUUAGAAGUUAGCAAGGCUAAGGCAGAACAUUUGAGUGCAAUUGAAAAGGCAAAGUUGAGGAACAUUGGUGCGAGUAGCAGUAAUAUAGUCGCUAGUAAUAAUAAUAACAAUGCACCAUAUUAUUACUAUUAUUUGUAUUAUUAUUAUUAUUGAAUGUUACUUUUCUUACGAAUACUUUUUCAAAUUUUCUACAUAUUUGGUUAAAUAAAUAUUGCAUUUAUGGUGAGCAUUUAAAA